AUGAAGGCGGUCUGCUUGCUGGUCUGCCUCGCCCUUGCCCACCAGUGUGCGGGCAGCAUCUUCAACCCAUACCAGCCAAGGAUCCGCGGGUCCAGGGUACAGCAGCAUGCCUCAAGGUCGGCAGACUACGUCGACCCCUACCUACAGGAGCAGUACUCUCGGUACCUGCCUACCUACGCACAGCAAGUGUACCGCCAGACAGAGGAGAAACAUGCCCCCGUCUACACACAAGUGAGGAAACAGAACUACGUUUACGAAGAGCCACGGAUACUCAGGAGCAACAUGGCCGUCAACGACGACUACGAACACAUACAGUAUGAAGAGGACAGCACCAAUGAAUCCCAGAAGAUCAGCAAACACUCCGACUCCUCCGUGAUCUCAAAAUCCAAUGAGAUCGACUCCCAGGAAGCUAUCAAACCUCAGAACCGUCUUGAAAACUUCGACCAGCAGUACUUUGCACCGAUGUUCGCCGAUAUGGGUCCCCUCACUCGCAUGAAAGUGUCUUUCAAAAAGCAGCCCGAAGCCCUCCACGGUGACCCCACUAUGUGGCGCAACCUGAAGAUGGCCUCCAGCGAAGAAUGGCCCGUUGAGAAGAAAGACUUGGUAAAAAUCUUCAGUGAAGCCAUGAAGGCCAUGAAGCACAUCCAGCCUGAAGCCAAGACCAAGCUCCACAAGGCCGUCGAGGUUGCUUCCCAAGAAGACAUGGAAGACUCACACUUGAAUGCUACCGAACUUCUGAAGAAGUACCAGUACCCCGUGGAAGAACACACAGUCAAGACCGACGAUGGCUACUACCUCACGCUGUUCCGCAUCUCAGGCAAGCAGUCCAUCAAGGAUGUGCCCAGGCCGGUCGUGUUCCUGAUGCACGGUCUGCUCGGCAGCGCCGACGACUGGCUCCUGAUGGGUCCGGGCAAGUCUCUGCCCUACCUGCUCGCCGACGCCGGCUACGACGUCUGGCUCGGCAACGCCCGCGGCAACAAGUACACGCGUCACGUCAGCAAGAGCCGCGCCCAACCCGACUUCUGGCAGUACAGCAACGACGACAUCGCCCUGCACGACUUGCCAGCUAUGAUCGACUACGUUCUCGAGGAAUCGAAGACGCAGAACAUGUACUACAUAGGCCACUCCUCGGGAACUACAGCUUUGUUCGCCCUGCUUUCCACCCGGCCCGAGUACAACGACAAGAUCGUGAUGAUGCACGCGCUGUCCCCGAUGGCGUACAUGAGCCACGUGCGCAGCCCCCUGCUCCGCAUGAUCGAGCCCUCCAGCCGGUUCCACGAACGCGUUAACCACCAGCUCGGUCAAGGCGAGUUCAAGCCCAGCGAGGAGUUGGUGCGCACCAUGGGCGGCGUGAUGUGCGAGAACGAGAUCGGGUGCAAGAACGUCUGCUCGAACGUGUACUUCGUGAUGUCCGGCGUGAACGCGGAGCACCUGGAGCCGAAGCAGAUCCCGUCCAUCAUGAAGCACUUGCCCGCCGGUGCGUCCACGAAGCAGAUGCAGCAAUACGGCCAGACCGUGGCCGCACACGAGUUCAAGAUGUACGACUACGGCGUCCAGAUGAACGAGAAGGUGUACGGCAAGCCGCAGCCGCCCAAGUACCAACUGGAUAAGGUGAGCGUCCCCGUGGCGCUGUACUACAGCGAGCACGACUGGCUGGCGCACCCCAAGGACGUGAAGCGCCUCGAGCGCGAGCUCCCCAUCGCGAUGUCGAAGAAGAUCCAGGAAGACUACUUCAGCCACGGCGACUUCCAGUUCUCGAAGAAGGCCCCAGAGCUGGUCUACAAACACGUACUCGACUCCAUCCAGAAGCAACAUCAAAAGCUGGAAGAACAGGAUAAAUCUGUUCAAUAGAUUAAUAUUUUUGUACAAAUAAUCUAAUAAGUGUAUCAUUCAUUAAUUAAUUAUUGUAAGAUGUAUCAUUUUAUAUUUAAUUUUCAUUGAGAUAUAAUAAAUCCGUCCGUUUAAUUAUA